AUGCCUUACGCGAAUCAGCCUCGUGUUUCUAUAUUGAUGUUGAGUGAUGAAAUGGUGAAAUUUGUUCUGGAAGACACGGAUUUAAGUGUGGCCAACUCACUACGAAGGAUUUUCAUCGCAGAAGUGCCGACUAUGGCAAUCGAUUGGGUUCAAAUAGAGUCGAACACGAGUGUCUUACACGAUGAAUUCAUAGCUCAUCGAAUGGGUUUGAUUCCGUUAACAUCAAAUAAUGUUGUGGAUAAAUUUCAGUAUUCAAGAGACUGUCAAUGUAAUGAUUUCUGUCCGGAUUGUGCCGUGGAGAUGCGUUUGAAUGUGCGUUGGGAUGAUGAGGGCACUCGAUCGGUGACGACGGCCGAUCUUGAGUCGAGCAAUCAAGCCGUGGUACCGGCUUGUGGUCGUCAUUUACAGAGUCGGAACGCUGAGGAUGGCACCUCUGAGGAUAUUCUCAUCGUGAAACUCCGACGCGGUCAGGAAAUCCGAAUGAAAUGUUUCGCUAAAAAGGGUUUCGGUAAGGAGCAUGCCAAAUGGAAUCCA